AUGGCCUCGCCACCCUCCUCCUCAGGCCUCGCAUUACCCAAGCAACGCGGCGGCGGCCUCAAGCUUGCACUUCCCGGCCAGGUCUCACGAAAAGGCUCAUCUGCGCCUUCAAGCGGAUCGGCACAUCCUCUGCGACAAACAUCAUUUCCACCACCCGACAGCUUAGAAGCGCAGCAUCGACUCGCCGAAGAUGCAGAUCUCAGCGCGCAGUUCUCACCAAACGACGACGACGACGACCUCGACGACUUCAGCGACAGCGAAAUCACGAGCGCCAUCAGUGGUCCCGCCAGCACAGAUGCCUUCACCAAGAAGCGGAAACGUGGUGAGAAGCGACCUAGAGGUCGUCCGCCUACGAAGUCGCACGCCAGGCAAGGUAGCGCGAGCGUGGUGAACGGAGACGAUGGGAGGUCUGCAAGACGAGGCGGCACGGCAGGCGCACAGUCUGUAGCUAAUGGCGAGGCAGAGGAAGAGGACGAUGAUGAAGAUGAUGAGGGAGCAGCACAGGCUGAUAAGGAGGGGUAUGGAAUUACAGCACCGGAAUUAGAGAAAGAGAACCAGAGACGAUACCUCUUCCGAGAAGCAGUUGAGCCGGAUCACCAAGACCGAUAUGAUCACUUUGUGAAAGUCAAGCUGCGGACGGGAGAUGUGAGGAAACUAGUAAAUGCUACUCUCAGUCAGAGUGUGCCGCCAAACGUCAUGACAGUGGUGGGCGCAUACACGAAGCUCUUUGCGGGAAUGUUGAUUGAGAGUGCGAGAGAGGUACAGGCUGAGUGGUUGGCGAGUCAGCCGAAGAGGCCGGAUGAUGAGGAGAAUAGGGCGUAUAAGCGACUGAGGAUGAUGCGGGCAGAUGAUGAGGAAGAUAGCGAAGAUGAGGAAGACGAGGACGAGCUUGAGGUGGUGGAGAAGGAUGGAACAGUCAACGGCGAGGGCGAGAAGGUGGACAAUGGCGACUCGAAGAAAGGGAGUGCCAGUCCUGCGAAGCAUGAUGGUCUGCCGGACGGUGACCCGAAUUCGGAAGAGGAAGGCAGUCCCAACCACGCAAGAGCUGUGUCGGACGGUACACAGCCUCACAGCAACACAAAUGGCGAGACGAAUGGAGAGAGCGGCAGUCAGACCAAAGACAAGCCGGACGAUGCAGCGAACAGAGAUAAGGACGACGCAGACGACGCCGACGACAUCUACGAUUUCAGUGCGGCUCAGCCAGGUGCAUGGGGACUGUCGAAGUACAUCGACGAAUGCGAUCGCGGACCAUUGCUACCCGACCACCUGCGAGAAGCACUACGGCGAUACAAGAAGUCCCGCGCAGGCGGCAACGUCGGCUUCACAGCGAUAAGCCUGGAGAGGCCAGAAGUCGCAGCUCCAAGGCUUGGCGGGAGGAAACUAUUCAGAUAG